CGGAUUUAACAACUCCUCCUACUUAACAAGCUAGCCAGCUAGCCGCUGUAAAGGCGACCAUAGCUCUUUAAAAAAAUACCACUGAACAUUACAGGGCCCCCUGGAUGAUAUAUUUCAUCCAGGAAACACAAGAAACUGCCUUAAUGGGACGCUUGUUCGGCGUGUUUUACGACGCGAUGGCCAGCUAGCAGGCGGUCCCAAAGCUAGCUUGUCGGCUAGCCGGGGUAGGAGCUUCUGAGACCCUCAUCUAAUCUCGGCUUUUUUCGGCCUUUUUUAAAAUUAGUUUCCGUGCCAUGCCAAGUUUAUUUUAAACGACGUUUUAUAUGUAGGCUUGUUAGUUUAAAUGACCAAUGAAGUGUUUUCUUUUUGAAUAUGUAGGUCAAUGAACCCGACCAAUGAUAGUUAUUUGGGUCAUCCUCGGGUAUUAGCAGGAACAGCUGGUUAGCCCAGUGGCUAGCUGUUUUUAUUUAUCAGUAAUUUUUAACGAAAAAUGCAAUAACUUGGAUGCACAUGUUUGUAUGAGUAGAUAUAACUCUGCAGUCUGUGUUUAUGAGGUUAUCAUCGAGUGGAACAUUUAUUUUAAUAGUUUGGAGUCGUCGCUUCACCAUCGUUAGCCAACUGAGCUAGCCGGAUCCUGUUAGCAUCCGAGCAGCUUCACUAAUUAACAAGGAAACGCGUGGAUCAUGCUGAGUUAGGAGUUGUUUCCUCCGUGCCUAGCCGGUUACGUGCAGACAAAGUGUUUCUGGGGGUUUGGUGAGAGAAGGGAUGGCAUUUCACGGUGCCGGCCGGCAGACCGUUGGAGACUUGUUCCCGGGCUCUGAGCUGGGCCACAAGUAUUUCUGUGUCAAUUCAUCGUGCGGAGCCCCGUCCACCGGCCUCAGCGCCACGCCGUGCCUGACCGGACCCACCGCCCCAGCCGGGACGCCCCGCCACCCCACAGCUCUUGGGGGGAGCGCAGGGGGAGGGGCGGCGGUGCCUCAGCCCUACAGCAACCCAGCCAGCGAGGUGCCCAGCCCCGCUGAGAUGGAGCCGGACCGCCCCAUCGGUUAUGGAGCCUUCGGCGUUGUCUGGGCCGUUACAGAUCCACGUGACGGCCGGAAGGUGGCGUUGAAGAAGAUGCCCAAUGUCUUCCAGAACCUGGUGUCCUGUAAGAGGGUCUUCAGAGAGCUCAGGAUGCUCUGCUUCUUCAAACACGACAACGUUUUGUCCGCUCUGGACAUUUUGCAGCCUCCUCAAAUCGACUGCUUUGAGGAAAUCUACGUGAUCACGGAGCUGAUGCAGAGCGACCUGCACAAAGUGAUCGUGUCUCCGCAGCCGCUCACCACCGACCACAUCAAGGUCUUCCUCUAUCAGAUCCUCCGGGGUUUGAAGUACCUGCACUCUGCUGGGAUCCUACACCGAGACAUCAAACCUGGAAACCUGUUGGUGAACAGCAACUGUCUGCUCAAGAUUUGUGACUUCGGCUUGGCGCGUGUGGAGGAGCCCGACCCGUCGCGUCACAUGACCCAGGAGGUGGUGACGCAGUACUACAGGGCCCCCGAGGUGCUGAUGGGCUGCAGACACUACGGCUCGGCCAUCGACGUCUGGUCCGUGGGCUGCAUCUUCGCCGAGCUGCUGGGCCGACGCAUCCUCUUCCAGGCUCAGAGCCCCAUCCAGCAGCUGGAUCUGAUCACAGACCUGCUGGGGACCCCUCCUCUGUCGGCCCUGUCGGCAGCCUGCGAGGGGGCCAGAGCCCACAUCCUGAGGGGGCCACACAAACCGCCGUCGCUGUCGGUGCUGUACAUGCUGUCUGACGGAGCCACACACGAGGCGGUGCACCUGCUCUGUCGGAUGCUGGUGUUCGACCCGACUAAACGUAUCUCCGGCAGCGACGCCCUCUCCCACCCGUACCUGGACGAGGGGCGCUUGCGUUACCACACCUGCAUGUGCCAGUGCUGCUACUCGGUGCCGAGCGGGCGAGUUUACACCCGGGACUUUGAGCCGGCCGCCGAGCAGCCGUUCAGCCACAGCUACGAGAACAGCAUGCUGUCCGUGUGGCAGGGCAAAGAGUUAAUCCAUCGCUUCAUCACGGAGCACCAGCAGGGCAAGCGUGUGCCGCUGUGCAUCAACCCUCAGAGUGCUGCCUUCAAGACCUUCAUCAGGUCCACUGCAUGGCACUCCUCCAAGGUGUCCAGGAAGGAGGAGAGAUGAACCUCCUCUUCCUCCCGGGGAGCAGCAGAGUAUGAAAAAGGAUUUCAUGGCCCGUGAGAGUACUGAAGAGUUUGUGUCUUUCCCUUUCAGCUGUUCCCCUGGCGAGAUGCAGACGGGGAAACACUCCCAAAAAAAACCUCAUUACUUAUUUUACCUCCUUCAAAAUCUACAAAGUUUCAAAAUAUGAAAACUACUGCUUCACUUUUUUUAAACGUCCCAAACAGGCGAGGCUUCGGGACUUUUCUUUUUCUCGGUGCUGAUAUGUAAAAAAAAGAAAAGCUGCUUGAGGAGGAAAAAGAAAGAGGAGCCGGUACUAGAGUGGAUUUUCCAUCUGUGUUAGAGACUUUAAGGAAUAAUGGUUUUAAUGUUUGCUAGAGUUAGUCCAUUUUUGAAGUCAUUCCAGCCCUGUGCAAUACGGAUUCAUUUGAACAAGCGACGGACUGAGGACACGGAGCGGAUCGCUUGCCCAGCGGAGUUUCAGACGCUCCCGAUACGAGCACGUGCCGGACCAGUGUCCCCGCCAAACGACACCAAACAGCGCCACCUUCUUUUUGGUUUUCUUUUGGAACUGCUUUCACUCACUGUGUUUUUCUCUGCGAGUCCAAGCCGCGUUAAUAAUGCAAACUAACAGAUGUAGCAGGUUCUCACCACAGUCAGUCCCCUCGUGUUUCUCCACAUCACAGCUUCGGUAGUGCUUUGGUCGUAGCGGCUUCGCUAAGUUCUCUGUUUGUACCUUUCUGCAUAACUCUGCAGGAGAGAAUUUAAUCAUGAUAUAAAUAUCAGAGGAGCAGGGACUGUUUUCCUCAGUUUGAAGUAUUUUGUUGAAAAUUACGACAGGAACAUUUCUGACGGUUAAUAAGGACCUUAUAAACCAUACAUUUUCAAGGAAAGAAAAUCGAUUUGAAGUCGGAAUUCGAAGGAAAAAAAUCUGAUUCCUGACGAACAAAUGCAGAAUUCUCUGAAUUUUGAGAUGAUAAAGUUUAAUCCCAGAAAAAGGCCUUUUCACAUGGCCCUAAUCCUCUUCUGUUAAUGACCCUUUCCCUGGCUUUAUCAUUGUCAUUUUGUUUGCCUACAAUGGCCCUUAUCCAUCGUCGUAAAGAAAUGAUUUAAGGUUGUCUAAGAAGAUGCUCUGCAUAAAGAAAAAUGCCAAAUCGACAGAUAUUUGGCUGACUUUUUUGUGUUCUUCCCGUCUUGUUUGAAUUUUCCUGCUGACCUCCUCUGCCCCGACUUUUUGCCCACCGGCAGAGAGAUUUUUGUUUUUUGUCAUUUCUUAAUUUAUUGAGUGUUUGUUGAGGAGUGUGUGUCUCCACCCUUUGUAGUUUGAAGCGGUUUACCUCAAACCUCCGGAGAAAACUGAACAGAAACUGAUGUGUGCAUACCUGUAAAGUGAAAGACGUCAUUCCUCCAGAUUCUUCUUUUCUUUACCUCCACUUCGCCCCACCACUCUGAUUUUUUUUUUUUAGAGAGAAGGAUGUUUUCUGUAAAAUGCUGCUGUUUUCGUUUGUUUUAGUUUCAGGCUCAGGUGUCCCGUUUAUAGACUAUGAACUGUACAAAGCCACAUAAGGAUGCACCAGUAUUGAUCCUGGUAUUAUUAUCAGUAAAUAACCAUUUUUCUGAUUCUACACUAAGAAGUUCAGCAGAAGAUGUUAAUUAUAUCUUAAUAUCUAAUUGAGUUAAUUUUCUAACUGGUGGUUUUUACAUGUUUAACCCUUUAAUUACAAACUCAACAAAUCGCACUGAAAGUUAAAUGAACGUGAUAAUAAUAUGUGAACCGUAAUAGCAAGAAAGGUGAAAUAUUAUUACAUUUUUAAAAACAGCCAGGUUUGUUUUAGUUUAUAUUACAUUUAAUAUGCCAUGGAAUAACUCAAAUAAAUCAUCAUUUGAAAAAAAAGAAGUUAUAACAGAAAAAAAGAAGUUGUCACCUCAACUACAUGGUUAAAACAAAUGUUACAAACAUUUGCAAUAUUAUAUAAGGUCACAAGUUUCUCUCAAAACUAAAAGUGUAAAUCAUGUUUACUUCCAUUCAAAUCUAUAUCUCACAUGAAAGGAGUUGUUCCUCAUAAUUACUGAAGUCUAUUUAUCCUUACUUGUGAAAAUAGAAUCCACAAAAAAAAAAGUUACAUCCAAAAACUUUAUAAACUAAUUGUUCCCACAAUAUAAGCAAUAAUGAUCUUGCACAAGACGGCAGGAUUGUUAUUCUCAAAGGUUUGAUUUGUCUUCUGAACAUCAGUAAUUCAAGUGCCCUGAUGUGUAGAUAAAGCAGAAAAACAUGUAAAACCAUCAGUCUGAUCUUCUGGGUUCUGGUUCCCACCGUUGUCUGGCCCUUUUCUGACUUUAGGGACUUGUCCAGGAACUUUUUUUCUUUCUGUAAGGCACUCAGGAACAGCCUGCCACCUCACAGUUUGUCCCGUCACUUUUUUUUCAAUGUAAAGCUCCUGAAAAGACUGAAGGACUCUCCGGGUUCCUGUGGUUCCUUAGUUUCUGGAUUCUUCUUCUUUUUUUUUUUUUAAAGCUCGUGGAUUCCCGCCGGCCCCUCAGAGUCUCUUCUUCUCCAGGAUCACAGCGCCCCCCCUGACUUGUAUAUCUGCAUGUGUAUAUUUAUUAUCCCAUGGAGAGCUUUUGGGUUUGAAUGCUGUGCAAUUGAUUUGAUGACGAAAACGUACAUUUUGUGGUAUUUUCUUUUUGUAUUUAAUUCAUCUUUAGGAAGUGAUUUUUAUUAGAAGUUUUUGUUUGUUGUGAUCUGAUUAGGUUUUUUCACAAAAGCCAAACGUUGAGAAAAUGUUUUGAUAAUUGUUCCCUAAAUACAUUUGAAGAGCGAGUUAACCUCAACACUAAAACGAUUAAUUUUAAAUGUAAGAAGCUUUCAGUGUGAUAAACACAAACGUUGCCCUCAAAAGCAUCACAUUAGUCAAGAGACAACGGUGUCAUUUGAGUCUUCAAAUGCGCACAUAACCCCUUAAAAAACUGGUUCACUUAAACUAAACAUUUAUCUUCUCUAAACUUUCCCACUUAAAUGUAACAUUCCUCCCUCAAUAUACGUUUUUUAAGUGCUUUAUUUUGUCAGAUAAACCCAAAGAAAACUCAGUUCAUAAAGACUCAAAACAAACUGAAUUUCUUUGUAAAGAAAUUCCAAAACAUUUGGUCAUGUUUCAUCAGAAAAUAUUUCCCCUUUGAGGUUCCCAAAUGUGUCGAUUUAAAUUACUAUUUGGUGUUUUAUUGUUUUUAAAAAUGAUGUUAUGUUUCUUAUUUCUUCGAGACAUUUUCUCUAAAACAGAAAAUAAUUGUAAUCACUGUAUAUAAGAUAAGAUAAGAUAAGAUGGACCUUUAUUAAUCCCCGUCGGGAAAUUCAGUUGUACAAAGCAGCAACAGGGUAAGCGUGAAAAAACAGGACAGCAAAGAUUCACACAGAUUGAUUUGAUCAGAUAAACCCAAAGAUCAUUCAGUUUCUAGUGAUUUAGACAAUUUGCCGAAGCUGGAAAUUGAGAACGUUUGACAUUUUUCUUGAUUACUUAACAUUUUGUUGAUCCGAUCAUUAUUUCAACAUCGACAUUCAUAAAUACUAUAUUGAAAAUGCACAUUAUUAAUACAUUGAUGGAACACUUUGUUAAUCUGAAGCUCAAAUGUUCUACUUUAGGGAACAAUAGAUCAACGUUUUUCCCUUUUGGACUUUUCUUAUUUGACUUUCUUUUGUUUCUGUUGUGUAGAGGAAGUGUUUGAAAUAGACGCCCUCCUGCACACUGUUCACAGAUCAGACGGACAGACGACUCGUCACCUUUAGACAUUAGACUUGUUUUUCUUCUAUGAAAAGAAACUUGAUGUUUUUAUUAUUAUAAAUAUGAGACUGAUGUUUGAAACUGAUGUUUUUUGUCUUUGUUUUAGCAACAAACAAAAACAAGUUUUUUUGUUUGUUUUUUGACUUGUGUUCCCAACAAAUACUUGAAUUUCUUAAAAAAAAUGUUUAGAGUUAAAGUAGUGAAUGAUAAACAAAUAAAUGGACACUGGAUAAUAUUCCC